AUGAUCACGGAUCUGAUAGUUCUCUUCUCUCUUGUAUCAUUAGUACGUGGGAUCACAAGUGCUCCAACGGUCAAGCUCGACUCCGCGAUCGUCUAUGGGACGGUGAAUGAUUCUCUGACCAAGUUUCUGGGGAUCCCUUUCGCAAAACCACCUGCACGUUUCACGGCAGCAGAGCUUGUAGCACCCUACCGCGGAACCGUCGACGCACGGAAGUACGGAUUCUUAUGCCCUCAGCAACAGGUUUCUCCUCCAGAAACGGGCAUCGACGAGAUCACCGCUAUAAUUAAUGGCACGCCGGAACUUCGUGUGGCACCUGGCGUUGAGAGCGAAGAUUGCCUCACGAUUAACAUCAUCAGGCCCGCGUUUACCAGUGUGAAGGGCAGGCUUCCUGUCGUGGUUUGGAUUCAUGGAGGAGCGUAUCAGAUCGGUGACACGGCUUCAUAUGACGAAAUGGGAUCAAAACUCGUGAAGAGAUCCAUUUCACUGCGAAAGCCAAUGAUAUACGUGUCCACGAAUUUCAGACUAUCCGCAUAUGGAUUUCUGGGUGGCCAGGAAAUCUUUCAGGAAGGUAACGGUAAUCUAGGACUCCGAGAUCAGCGAUUGGCACUGAAGUGGGUCAACAGAUACAUAAAUGCCUUCGGAGGAGACAAGACGAAAGUUACACUCUGGGGCCAGUCAUCCGGCUCCAUCUCGACGGGACUGCAAAUUUUCUCCAAUGGCGGUGACAACGAAGGACUCUUCCGCGCUGUAUUUAUGAUGUCCGGCUCGCCUCUUCCCAUAGGCAACAUCACGAAAGGCAAUGGGCAGACUGGAUACGACGGCCUGGUCGCGGACACAGGGUGCUCUGGGUCAAAUGACACGCUUACUUGCCUGCGCUCGCUCCCUUUCCCCGUACUCAAGGCAGCUGUUGACAGAACUCAAAACCUCUUCUCGUACCAAUCGCUUGCACUACUGUGGCACCCAAGCGUCGAUGGAGUCUUCAUGGAAAAUAAUACACAAACCCUUCUGCCCCAGGGAAAAUUUGCGAACGUUCCGAUCGUCUCAGGAACAUGCGACGACGAAGGAACGCUUUUCGGAUUAUCUUCUCUAAACAUCACAACUGAGGAGCAGUUCCGGCAAUACAUAAGCUCAGUCUGGCUUCCGCGAAUCCCCGCUUCCGAGCUGGAGCAGUUGUGGUCGCUGUAUCCCUCUAAUUCUGCUUCUGGAUCUCCCUUCGAUACAGGAGAGAAGAACGCAUUGACGCCUCAGUUCAAGCGCGUGUCUGCAUUUAUCGGUGACUCUAUCCAGCACGGUCCAAGAAGGUUUCUCCUUCAAGAGGCCUCGAAGCGGACGAAAGUCUGGUCAUAUCUGACUAAACGGGCCAAAAAUACCACCGGCAUUGGAGCAUACCAUGGUUCUGACCUCGUCCUGGGAGUUGCUGACGACAACCUGAUCCAUUUUGUUAGCGACCUUGAUCCUAACACGGGAGUAGGUGUGUACUGGCCUCCGUACAUCUCCGAGUCGCCCCGGCUGUACACGUUCCCCGAAGUCGGCAGACCCUUGAUCACUUUGGACACUUACAGGGCCUCAGAGAUAAAUUAUCUUACGAACCUUUCUCUUGCUCACCCUUUUGUCCUUUGA